AAGAUGAUGGCCGGGGGAAUGACUUGUUUGUUGUGGAGAAGAUUAUUCCGUUGCUUCCAAAUACAUAGAUUGAGGCCUGAGCAACGAUUUUCCUAAGCAGGGAAUCUUAAUUCGCAUAGUUCACUUUUAAUUUCACGCGAUUGUCUUAGUUCCUCGCUGAGAAGCUGAAUUUAGGGUUCCGAUCAUGGCCAAUACUGUGUUGACGAAGGAGUAUUUGCACAUUCCGAAGAAGCCAAGGUUGGAAAAAUGCUCAGAAGAAUCGAAUCCCGCCUCCAAACGCCGAGAACUCCGGAAGUACGACCCGUACGACGAUGAAUACGUACGACAGUACAUCUUAUACUACUACCAGUUCCAUAAGAGCGAGGGUUUCGUGAUUGAUUGGGAUAAAUUGGACUAUGAGUUCGAAACCAGGCCUAUCAUGGACCCAUAUCGUAUUGCUGCGUACAGUACCAAUGAUGAAGUGAUCCGUGACGUGGCUUGCCGUGCUAUUACCCAACACAAUGUUGAUACGGGGAGUCGGAUUGAGUUCGUGGAUCACGUUUCGGCAAGUUACAGGUGGUGUGCUGGUAUUUUGUAUUGGGUGACGUUUUGGGCUCGGGAUUUGGCAUCAUCCAAUCUCGAGCCUAGACUUUAUCAAACUAAUGUUCGCCUCUGUGGACCAACCUUCUGUGAGAUUUAUAUCUUCAGGCUCAAACCAACUGUUGAAGAGAUUGCUGCAGUUCAAGUGGAUCCUCCUGCUCCAUUGUAUGAUGAUGAUCCAGAGUUACCUACUAUAUUGUUCACCGUAACGGGUCCAGGAUCUGGUUACAUGUCCAUACCCGAAGUUGCCUUCACUCGGAUUCCUGCUGAAGUUGAGCCGGCCGUGUCAUCACCAGAAUCCUCACCGUGAAGACCAAAAGCCUCGGUUGUAUUCCACCUUUCUUAUUUCUCUCUUCCGAAUCCUUAUUAAUUAGAGCUCUAGUACCUUAUAGUAAAUUGUUGAAAUUAACUUAUAUUUAUCAUGAUGAGGCCUAAAUAGCUUUGUUGCUGCACUUAUGUUCUUAUUUGUAGUGGAAUUCUCGUUUUAAAUUCUAAUCAUAUUUUCAAAUC